AUGGAAAAGGUUGCCAACCGCUGGUGUAACCUAUUACAAAUGAGCAUAGUCUUUGGAGGCCAGCAGCAACGGGCAGCAGGAGGAGGGGUCUUCUCAACCAGCUUCUCAACCAGCUCCUCAACCAGCUUCUCAACCAGCUCCUCAACCAGCUCCUCAACCAGCUUCUCAACCAGCUCCUCAACCAGCUCCUCAACCAGCUCCUCAACCAGCUCCUCAAAAAGCUCCUCAACCAGCUUCACAACCAGCUCCUCAACCAGCUCCUCAACCAGCUUCUCAACCAGCUUCUCAACCAGCUCCUCAACCAGCUUCUCAACCAGCUCCUCAACCAGCUCCUCAACCAGCUCCUCAACCAGCUCCUCAACCAGCUUCUCAACCAGCUCCUCAACCAGCUCCUCAACCAGCUUCUCAACCAGCUUCUCAACCAGCUUCUCAACCAGCUUCUCAACCAGCUCCUCAACCAGCUCCUCAACCAGCUUCUCAACCAGCUUCUCAACCAGCUUCUCAACCAGCUCCUCAACCAGCUCCUCAACCAGCUUCUCAACCAGCUCCUCAACCAGCUCCUCAACCAGCUCCUCAACCAGCUCCUCAACCAGCUUCUCAACCAGCUUCUCAACCAGCUCCUCAACCAGCUCCUCAACCAGCUCCUCAACCAGCUUCUCAACCAGCUCCUCAACCAGCUCCUCAACCAGCUUCUCAACCAGCUCCUCAACCAGCUCCUCAACCAGCUCCUCAACCAGCUCCUCAACCAGCUCCUCAACCAGCUCCUCAACCAGCUUCUCAACCAGCUCCUCAACCAGCUCCUCAACCAGCUUCUCAACCAGCUCCUCAACCAGCUCCUCAACCAGCUCCUCAACCAGCUUCUCAACCAGCUCCUCAACCAGCUUCUCAACCAGCUCCUCAACCAGCUUCUCAACCAGCUUCUCAACCAGCUCCUCAACCAGCUUCUCAACCAGCUUCUCAACCAGCUUCUCAACCAGCUCCUCAACCAGCUUCUCAACCAGCUCCUCAACCAGCUUCUCAACCAGCUUCUCAACCAGCUCCUCAACCAGCUUCUCAACCAGCUUCUCAACCAGCUCCUCAUUCAGCUUCUCAACCAGCUCCUCAACCAGCUUCUCAACCAGCUUCUCAACCAGCUUCUCAACCAGCUCCUCAACCAGCUUCUCAACCAGCUUCUCAACCAGCUCCUCAACCAGCUUCUCAACCAGCUCCUCAACCAGCUUCUCAACCAGCUCCUCUUGA